GUAUACGUCACUAUUAGUUACGCACAUCACUACAGCUGUCGCGAUUGUCUAUGUCAUUCUCUUUGGUCGUCUCAUUGUACUUACCUUGUGUUGUUUAUAUUAAUAAAAGAUAUUAAUUACAUUGAAGUCGUCGUAUGAUUUUAUAACCAAAAGGACCGGCUAACACGCUACAAUACAUGGUGUCAGAAGUGUAAGUGAACUGGAUUCACAUCGUCGUGAAAUAAGUAAUGUCAACAAGUCGCCGCCUCGCCGCUAACAAACAUGUCGGAAGAUCAAAAACCCAAGAAAUUAUCGGGAAUGUCAUGUCCGCAGCCCAUGUUGAUGACUGGUAAUUUAGCACAACAAUGGAAGAAAUGGGUGCAAUCCUUCAAAUUUUACAUGCGCGCGUCCGGCAUGGAUGAAGAAAGCGAUGGCAGAAAGGUAGCUUUAUUUUUACAUGUCAUUGGGGAAAAAGGUGUGGAUGUAUUUAACACGUUCGGAAAAGACGAAGACAAAGUUAAAUACGACGAGCUCAUCGAGUUGUUUCAAAAUCAUUUUGCCCCAAAAGCUAACCUAACUUAUGAAUGUCACAAUUUUUUCACAUAUAAACAAAGUGAAAACGAGUCGCUGGAUGAUUUUGCAUGUGCACUAAAACUAAGGUCUCAAAACUGCGAGCUAGGAAAACUGCAGGAACGUCUUGUCAAAAUAAUGUUCAUAUGCAACAUGCAUCAAAAGUACAACUAUAUCCGAGAAAGACUUUUGCUUGAAGACAAGCUAGAUCUUGACAAGGCCUUAGAAGUGGCAAAAGCCAUGCUAGCUUCAAGACAUCAGACAGAUGCAUUGACAGCAGAACAAAGUUCAGUCAUGUAUAAUAAAACUCAGUCAAGGUCUAAGUCAAAUACAAGAAAUAAAAGUCAACAACAACAGUCAAAAAAGGAAGUCUGUACAAAAUGUAAUCAAGUCCAUCGUCACAAGUGUCCAGCAUUGUCUCAAGUCUGCAGAAAUUGCAAUAAAGUCGGUCAUUUUGCAGUAUGUUGUCGGUCCAAGUCGAAGUCAGUCAAGUAUGUCGAGUCAGAUAACAACACCCAUCAGGUACAGUCAGAAAAACAAGAUUUAUUCAUUGGUCAUAUACAGUCGUCAUCGUCAAGUGAGUGGACAAUAAAUAUAAACAUAAAUAAGUCACAAGUGAAUUGUAUUAUUGAUACAGGCAGUGAUGUCAACAUAAUGUCAAAAAACGUCUAUGAUUCACUUAAUAUCAAAAAGGUAUUGUCUAAAACUGAUAUUAAAAUUAAGUCAUACACUGGUAAUAGUCUAGAAGUACUAGGUCAACAAAAUUUACAAUGUAAAUUACAAUUGAAUGGCACCUACAUGACAAAACAAAUUAAUUUUGUUAUUGCAAAUGUGAAUUCUCCAACUGUGUUAGGUAAAAUUACUUGCUCAGAAAUUGGAUUAAUAAAAAGAGUUUUUUGUGUCGAGUCUACAAAUAGUCACAUGUCAGAAAAUAAUGAUAGUCAAUUGUCAUUUGAAACAAAUCAAAACGAGUCAAAGUCAUGUCAUGUAAUUUGUCCUGAAGCCAUGAAAAGUCAGUCAGUACAGUCAAGUCAGUCACAGUCAAGUCAGUCACAGUCAAGUCAGUCACAAGAUAUAAAUUUGUCUAAACUAAUUGAAUAUAAUAAUUCUGUUUUUACCGGUCUUGGAUGUCUUCCUGGUGAGUGUGUCAUAAGUACAAAUCCUGAUGUCAAGCCAAAAGUCGAUGCACCAAGGAAGGUACCAUUCGCUCUACAUCAAAGGCUUCAAGAAGAAUUGGAGAAAAUGGAAAACAUGGAUGUCAUUGUCAAGGUCACAGAGCCAACUGAGUGGACAUGGUUCGCGCCAAGGUCGCUGGUGCAAAAUUCUACUCAACUUUAGAUGCCAGUAGUGGAUUUUGGAUGUGUAAAUUGAGUGAGAAGAGUUCUUACCUCACAACAUUUAAUACGCCAUUUGGUCGUUAUCGC